AUGACAACUGAGCGUUGCAUAUCUUAUGGACAGACAAGGCUCAUUUUUAAUUUAGAUGGUGCUGUCAACACCCAGAACUGCCGCAUAUGGGGUUCCACCAAUCCUCAUGCAAUACAACAGCAGCCGCUACAUUCCCCAUACGUCACCGCAUGGUAUGGCUUCACUGCGAACUUCAUUUUGGGUCCGGACUUCUUUGAGAAAGUUAGAGGGAACGGGUUUGUUCAGUGUACCGUCACCAGUGACCGCUACGCUAGACUCUUGGAAGAACAUGUUGUCCCGGCGUUAAGGCAACGAGGCUGUUUGGCCACCAGUCUUAAUUCAAGAUGGAGUUCAGGAAAACGAUUAAAAGCAUGCCAUUUGUGUGCAUACUCCACUAAAAGUAUGUAUCAUCUAAAACGUCAUAUGAUGUCACACACUGGAGAUAAACCUUUUCUUUGCAGUCUUUGUGGCAAAGGAUUUAACCGAAAAGAGCAUCUCAAAAGACAUCAAAUAAAUCAUUGUUUUGCUCCAGCAUAUGGUGGAAGUGCAGCAACAUAUGUUGAAAGUUUUUCCUUUUUUGAAACCUUUGACUAUGAUGGAUCUAACAAUGAAGUAAGUCACAACACAUCUUCUGAUGAAGCAGUUCGAUCCUUUAAAUGCUUGAUAUGUACUAAAGCAUUCAAGCUGAAACACCACCUGAAAUGCCACAUGCUUGUUCAUACCAAAGAACGGCCUUUUAAAUGUACUUUAUGUGAUAAGAGUUUCCAACGAAGUUCCAAUUUAAAGUAUCACAUAGCUACACACUCAAGUGGAUAA